AAGCCUGGCGUUACUGGGUAGGGCCUUGACGUGUUAAAUUAGCAUAAAAGACCCAGCUGGUUGAGGAACCACUUGAGGGGGUAGCAAACAGUGCGUCACAUCCUUGGGAAAAAGGAGGAGAGAUUUCAAUGGAAUCAACAUGUAAGCGCAUCUAUUCGGUGCCAUCAACAAGAAGACAGCUGAAGAGAGAUAAAGACAUUGCGCUACAGGUGAAUAAUUUAUUCGGGUUCAUUCGGGUUCCUUGAGUCAUACAAUGACAACGUGAAGAAGGAAAAACAAACACGUAAAUUCUGACCCGAGCAUGAGUUUUGACGGGUCAUGAUACGAUGAAACAACACUGGCUGACAGUAGUCACUAAAGAGGAAAUGCACGCGCAACGAGGGACCGCAUCGGCACGCGAAGGUAAAGCAGGAAAAGUUCGCGCGCGCGUUGAAGCCUGACUAUUCAAGUGCUGGACGACCGACUUUGUUUGCAAGAAUCGCACUGUAUAGACGACUGUUAAGAGUCUCAAAUCGAGAAAAGUGUGAACCAUGGCUUCGGAGGCAUCUGGUGGCUUGGCUCAAACCGCCGCCGUGAAAUUGUCAGAGAUGGGGGAAAGAACUAAACAGUUAGGCACUGCGAUCCAGGACCCCGAACGGCAAAGGAGGAUUAUUUUAGUCAUUGUGUGCGUGGCACUUUUGCUAGACAAUAUGCUUUACAUGGUCAUCGUCCCAAUUGUGCCCGAUUACUUAGCGCGCUUAGAGAGCCAGUCGGAGAACGCUCAUGCCACGCGCAAUGCUUCGAGCAACAGGACGCACUAUACAGCGCACAAAGAGAACUUCGAUGUGCAGAUCGGCGUGCUUUUCGCAUCCAAAGCCAUUUUGCAGCUCCUUGUAAAUCCUUUGACGGGAACAUUCAUAGACCGCGUGGGCUAUGACAUUCCACUUAUAAUUGGACUUAGUAUCAUGUUUGUCUCGACCUGCAUUUUUGCUUUUGCCGAAAACUACGCGACUCUCUUCGCAGCGCGCAGUCUCCAAGGUCUCGGUUCGGCGUUUGCGGACACAUCUGGGCUUGCCAUGAUCGCGGACAAGUUCACUGAGGAGGCGGAGAGGAGUCGAGCGCUGGGUAUCGCCCUCGCUUUCAUAUCAUUUGGCAGUCUGGCGGCACCUCCGUUUGGAGGGGUCCUAUACGAGUUCGCGGGCAAACGUGUCCCGUUCAUUGUGCUCGCCUGUAUCUGUUUAGCAGAUGGUAUAUUGUGCAUGGCUGUCCUCAAGCCCUUCUCCAGCAGGACUAGAGAGAAUAUGCCGGUUGGCAGCCCAAUUUACAAACUAAUGAUUGAUCCAUAUAUAGCUGUUGUGGCAGGAGCGUUAACCACAUGUAACAUCCCACUUGCGUUCCUGGAGCCCACCAUCGCUAACUGGAUGGAGGAGACAAUGCAUUCAUCCGAGUGGGAGAUUGGGCUCACCUGGCUACCCGCUUUUUUCCCUCACAUCUUAGGUGUCUAUAUCACUGUCAAACUGGCAGCACAAUAUCCACAUUUGCAGUGGUUUUAUGGGGCACUGGGCAUGGUUAUUAUAGGUGCCAGCUCCUGUAUGGUGCCGGCAUGCAAAAACUUUGAGCAACUUAUUAUUCCCUUAUGUGGCAUUUGUUUUGGCAUUGCACUGGUAGACACAGCUUUAUUACCUACGCUUGCUUUCCUUGUGGACGUCCGUCACGUGUCUGUCUAUGGUGGUGUAUAUGCUAUUGCAGACAUCUCCUACUGUGUUGCCUAUGCGCUGGGGCCCGUCGUGGCCGGUAAAAUAGUACACGACCUAGGUUUCGUGCAACUUAAUCUAGGCAUGGGUCUAGCGAACGUCCUUUACGCACCAGCCCUGCUCCUGCUCCGCAACGUGUCCUUAAUGAAACCUUCUCACUCCGAAAGAAACAUGUUACUGGAGGAGGGAGCGACAGGUCUGUACGACACCAUCCGAAUGGAGGAACGCUUAAAAAAGAGGCACGGCUAUAGUUCAUCUGGCAACUGUGUGCCUAUCGACGAGAAUGGGACAUUUGCUGGAAAAUCAAAGUCACUGUCCGAGGAAGAGACAUCCGAACCAGAAUGCAUAUAGUCUCUGAGUCCUCCGUCCUAGUUCUAUUACAAUCAUCUUCAAAAAAUCUACUAAAUAUAAAUGUUUUUCAUUACUUCGUUUACGUGUUAUUUAUUGUCCCGAGGAGAUUGGUGAACAGCAUACAGUUUGAAAUGAUUUACUUAAUUUACUUAAAUAAUGAAAUAAAAAUUU